UCACGUGCGGUUUCCCGUCUUUUUCCAAAUGUUUUGAUUCUAGAAAUUAGAACUAAAGAAUCUUCAUACCGGUCUGAAUUUGAUUAUUCUGCUUUAUUAUUUCAUAAUUGCUUCACUUUCGUCCUCUUACGUCAGACGGCCAACAACAGUGCAAUCAUUAUUGAAAUUGAGCCCGUCACAAACUCUCAAAGCUUUCUCAGACCUAAUCUGGAAUCAUGAAAUUAGUCAAAUUUUUGAUGAAACUCAGUCAUGAAACUGUAACAUUAGAACUUAAAAAUGGCACUAGUGUUCAUGGAACUAUUACUGGUGUUGAUGUAGCAAUGAACACUCACCUUAAGGCUGUUAAAAUGACUGUAAGAAACCAACAACCUAUACAUUAUGAAACACUUAGUAUUCGAGGUAACAACAUUCGGUACUACAUUUUACCUGACUCUCUUACUCUAGAAACCCUAUUAGUCGAUGAUGCCCCCAAAUCACGAAUGAACCGUGGUGGACGAGGAGGUCGUGGAGGACCAGGAAGAGGUGGCCGUGGACGUGGAGGUCCUAGAGGACGAGGAGGUCGUGGUGGGCCACGUGGAAGUGGUGGUGGACGUGGACGUGGUGGCCCACCUCGGCGUUAAUGCUUACAUAAGUUAUUCAAUUUGAAUUAAAAUUUGUGUAUUUUCAAAUUUGUAUGUGUAUUGGUCUAUUUUAAAAAUAUUUAAACUUUAUUUAUCAAGUUUUAAAAUAAACUGUCCUAUAGAUUUAAAUGUCUAAUGCUUAUAAAUACAUUUAAUAAACAGUACCAUAUACCUAAUAUAAAUGUAUUUAAUACUGA